AUCCGUCUAUAUUGCUCUAUUCGACUUCCUGUACAUUUUGCCUAUCCUUAACAAGAUGGCUGCCACAAAAAAUGCAAAAAUAUUCGUAAAUUCGGUUAUCUGUUAUUCUUGGCGUGAUCUAUAAACGUGAGAUAAAUCCUUCGAAAGUUCUCGACAAUGGAAGGAUUUGGCCCAUUAAUAAUCGAAGAAUCUGAUGAAUCUUCCGAAUCGUUUCUAUCAAUUGAAGAUCAAUUGGCAAAGUUUAGAGAGCAAUGGCAAUCUGAACUACGAAGCAACAAGAGCGGUCAAAAUCUCGAUUUGAAUAUCUGUCAGCCAACUGAAGAAGAAGAGGCAAAGUAUCUUUUCCUACAAGGAAUAGAAGCUGAAAGAAGCCACUGCUUACCUGAAGCUAUAAAAUACUAUCGAAAAGCCGUUCAACUUGUGCCAGAUAUUGAAUUCAGAAUAACUGAAGAUGAUAUUUCUAGAGCAGAUAAUAAACGAAAUCGUUUGGAUAGCGAAAGCUCUAUUCUUUCGGAUGGACUCUCAGAAGAAAUUGAGAAUAUUGAAGAUGUCCUUGAACGAUUAUUCAUUUUACAGGCUCAAGAAGGCAUUGUUUGUCAGAUGGAAUUAUCUACAAAUAGAACUCAUUUUUCCAAUUUACCACCAGAGAUAAUAGCUCAUAUAAUUAAGUGGGUUGUUGGUAAGCAUCUAGAUGUUGAAUCAUUGGAAAAUCUCGGUAUGGUUUGCCGAGGCUUAUUUGUAAGUUCGAGAGACGAGAAAAUCUGGAGAGGAAUUUGUCAACAAAUUUGGGGAAUAAAUUGCAGUUCUGUUAAAAAGUACGGAUGCUGGAGGAAUAUGUAUAUACAUAGACCUCAUUUAAGAUACAACGGUGUCUACAUUAGUAAAAUGAGCUAUCUUAGACAAGGAGAAGUUAGCUUAGACGGAUUAUACAAUCCCUUUCAUAUUGUGGAAUAUUAUCGAUAUGUUCGCUUUUAUUCCGACGGCCGCGUUGUCCACCUAACUUCACCUGAGCACCCCCGAUCCGUUGUUGGCGUAUUAAAAUGGAAUUGUCGCCUACAAGGUCUGCAAUAUGGAUACUAUAAAAUGGCUGGAGACAAUGUUACCGUGAUUCUAAAGAGGAGAAUUGCCGAAAAGAGUACUUAUCAGCGUUAUAAGUCGAGACGCAAUAAGAACGGAGAAGCUUUGGUGGAAAAGCAAAAGUUUCAGGCUGAGUUUACUGUUCGAAACGUCGGAAAACGAGCAGGAGCUCAGCUAGUCUGGAAUAGAUACGCGGUUUUAGCCCUAAAUCAGCUAGAUAACGAGGAAGAUUUGAUGGAGUUUGAGCUUAAGCCAGCAACCUAUCCACCGUUAAUCUUUUCUCAAGUCCGUAGCUAUACCGCUUACGCCGAAGAGCCGUUGUUUUAA